CAGUUUCAUCUCUCUCACAGUCUCACCUUCAUCUCACUUCACGGUCUCUCUUACGCCGCCGUUCGCCAGAAGUCUCACUCUCAUCUCUCGCAGCAAUGGCGGGGGGCAAGAUGAAGAGGGAGAAGCCAAAGGCGGCGACGAAGAGUACACCGUAUCAGGGAGGGAUUUCGUUCCACAAAUCCAAAGGUCAGCAUAUUCUUAAAAAUCCUUUGUUGGUCGACUCUAUAGUUCAAAAGUCUGGAAUCAAGAGCACCGAUGUGAUCCUUGAAAUUGGUCCCGGUACUGGUAAUCUCACCAAGAAGCUUCUUGAAUGCGGUAAGAUGGUUAUUGCAGUCGAGCUUGAUCCUCGUAUGGUGCUCGAGUUGCAGAGGCGGUUUCAGGACACUCCUUAUUCUACUCGGUUGAAGGUUAUCCAAGGAGAUGUUCUCAAGACUGAACUUCCCUAUUUUGAUAUAUGUGUUGCAAAUAUUCCUUAUCAAAUAUCAUCUCCUCUCACAUUCAAGUUGCUAAAUCAUCAACCUUCGUUUCGGUGUGCAAUCAUAAUGUUCCAGAGGGAAUUUGCAAUGAGGCUAGUUGCUCAACCUGGUGACAAACUUUACUGUCGUUUAACUGUAAACACCCAACUCCUAGCUCGAGUAUCCCACCUCCUCAAAGUUGGGAAGAACAAUUUCCGUCCUCCACCAAAGGUGGACUCGUCUGUAGUUCGAAUUGAGCCCAGGAAACCGCGUAUUGAGGUGAAGCAAAAGGAGUGGGAUGGAUUUUUGAGAAUCUGUUUCAAUCGAAAGAACAAGACCCUCGGUUCAAUUUUUAGGCAGAAGAGUGUUCUUACUUUGCUAGAAAAGAACUACAAGACGUUGUGUGCACUUAAUCUCCCUCAGCAAGGUUCUGCCAAUAACGACGACGGUGAUUUUGAUUAUUCGAGGUUUGGCGAUUCGAAUGAGGAUCAAACCAUGGAAGUAGACGACGAUGGAGCUGACGAAGAGAUGGAUAUGGACGAUAGUGAUGCCGAAGUGGGGGAGGGGGAGGCUUCUGAAUUUAAGAAUAAGGUUUUGAGUGUUCUGAAGGAGGGAGAUUUUGAAGAGAAGAGGUCAUCUAAACUCACCUUACAAGAGUUCUUAUACCUACUCUCUUUGUUCAACAAAGCUGGUAUCCAUUUUUCUUGAUCUAGUUCUGUUCUCCCCCCAUAUUAGUAUAGUCAUACCCAAUUUUGUAUUUUUUCUGUUUUUUUUUUCCAACUGCUUCUCUAUGACUGGCAAUUGGUAGGCCAUUUUUAUAUCUUCUACUUGAGUAAUUAGAACUAUUUAUUGAAAUCCGUUAUCUGUAUGUUUCUCAUUA